AUGUGCGCCAAUGACGAUAAUCAAUACAGUACUUAUAUGUUUUGGGGGACACAAUUAACUUCCACAUCAGUGGUUUCCAUCGUGUUUCGCUGUAGUGUGCUUGCUGCAGUGCUGUGCACAUCAUUGGUCGCCCAGGCGUAUAGUGUACGCUACACUUAUGUUACUUCCCCUACACCAGUAAGCGCCCGGUUCAGCGGCUACUGCCCAGAGCGAAGCGGAGGCCACACCAUGAUGCCCAUGACGGAGAGUUUCCAAACAUUGGCACAAGGUAUCAUUGUACAGGGUAAAUUUGCAGAUGCUCCCAUUGGCGGGAUUAAUCCGGCCACUUCAUGCACGACUGAGAGGUGUCCGUGGAUCUUCCACACCGGGCUUAUGAACGGAACCCCAGUUGAGAAAUCCACAUUUUUGUACGGUGCGGUCUAUAAAGGGGUUGACCACACCGAAGCCGUUCCUGGCAUGUAUCAUAACUUCCAAAAAGGGGUCCAACCUGUUUCUUUUUUGAGUCCAGAGGACAAUGUCAUCCCGAAAAUGUUGAAAAAUGGAUUCUGGCUGACUGAUUUGCGAGAUCGCGAAUACACAACGUGGGUAUGUGAGUACUAUGAUUUUACUGCUUUUAAACAGGAAAUUGCAACCGAAUCUAACGAUACUGAUUCUGCUGCCGAAGAAGAAUCCAGUGGGUUUCUGUGGUGGUAUGGACUCAUCAUUGGUUUAUUUGUCCUCCUUGCCGUGGUUGUUCUUGUUAUUGCAUGCUGGUGGCGCGUGAAACAUGAAGAGAAGUUGCAAAAGGAAGAAGUUGAGGGAGACACGAGAAUAGGAGAAAAUGUCACUCGGAUUCCCACACAAUUGGAGGUUGGCGUGGGGCCUAGCCCCAGUGUGUUUAAAAAUACAAGUUGUGUGGGACCUUCCGGAUUCGGGCGGAAUGGUAGUGUUUCUAACAGCCGCCGUAACUCACGGCGUGGUUCUUCUUUUGCUGGAAAUCCCUAUUCAAGUGGUUAUGGUGACCCUGGUUUCCCUCAAAGGCGAAUGAGUCAUGGUGAGCCUGGUGGGUUCCAACCGCAACGUGACAUUUAUGCGCAAGAGGUAUUCUCCCCGCAGGGUUGGUAG